GGAGCUGAUCGCGUCGCGCGAAUUUGCCUCGUGAUGCAAACAUUGCAUGUAAAUCCGGAGCAUUGACUUGAGAAUUGGGGAAUUUGGGGGAAAUUGCAUUUUCCUAAGUUCAACACAAAUAGUGACGGGUUAAUUUUAUGACGCGGUGUGGGAAAAGGUGGACAUACAUUUUUUGCUCUUUGUCAUUCGCCUCGGAGCUUCGCAGGCCAUUGUCACUCUAUUAUUUUUUCAACUCAUCGUGAUCAUAGCAAUUGAGGACUCUCGACCGUCCCGCCGGCAGUUCGGUGAAUGUGACGUAAUUGAGUGUAAUACGGGAAAUUGGAUGGAUUAAUAAAAAGGCAGUUUCGCACAGGAGAAGGAGAGAAGGGUGAAAAGGAGUGAAAAUGUCUCAGCGACGCGGCCAAUCGAUUCCGCCCUAUGUGUACGAAGGCCAUUCGCCGAACGAGAGGAAUCGCUGCACGGCCGCUCUGUGCAUGUCCUGGAAGUUCUUCACAUGCCUCCUGUCCCACAUAACGCUUGUGACUCUCGUUGUGUCUUAUUGUAUUCUGGGCGCGUUCACCUUUGAACAUCUGGAGGCUGACAAUGAAAUUUCGGUGAAACGAAGCAUCGUCUACAUUCGUGGCAAUCUGACGGAGGAUAUCUGGAGAGCCACAACCGGAAUUGCCGUGCUGCACCAGGAGAACUGGACCAUGACAAUGGAGUACAAAUUGCUGGAGUUCGAGCGGGAACUCCUUGAAGCCAUGAAGGCGAAAGGAUGGGACGGCAACGAAGAUGAAAAGCAAAUGCAGUGGACGUUUGCAGGCGCUCUGUUCUACUCAAUAAUCGUUAUUACGACAAUUGGGUACGGUCACAUCGCGCCGAAAACUCAUAUGGGGAAAGUGACAACGAUUUUUUACGCCAUCCUCGGAAUUCCACUGAUGCUGCUGUGUUUGUCAAAUAUUGGCGAUAUCAUGGCCUCGUCCUUCAGAUUUUUGUACUGGCGUGUGUGCUGCUUUGUAUGCACCAGAGAGCCGAAACGCUCUCCGUCGAGACGCUUGCGUCCUGGCAGAGGAACCAUUCGUCAGCCGGGACGCCAAUCCAUUCGUAAGACGGAACGAACAAUUUCGCAGAAAUCACGGGAUUCAGGCUUCGAGCCCAGCCUCAGUCACGCAUAUUCCGACACAGAACUGCGCUACACUACGACGGAACGUGCCAGCGCGGCACAUCAUGACUACAACACGCGACAUCCGCGCUUCAAUCGCGACAAGAAUCGCUUCAGGGAUCGGCACACGGUGGAGCGGGAGCGGAAUGUGGCGCGAGAGCUUCGCGAUGAUGAGUUUGGCGAUCUCUCGCCGCGCCCGAGUCGCUACAACACGACAGGCGUGAUAAACAGGGAUUCUGGGCAUCACCGCAGCGAUCCGCGCUUCCACGGCCUUCGUGGCCAGUCGCUGGACCGGAAGCACAACCGCCACGAGGCGCCGGACGCGGAAAUUCCGGUGCUGUGCAACAGAUAUGCCAUCGAUGACAUGGAUAAGGGCGCGCCGGAGGCCGGCGGCAGUGACAGGGCGGCGCACAGGCGUCGCAUGAGGGCCAGACACUAUCAGCCCAUCAGUGGGCCGAGGAGCCAAUCUGUGCCGCGGCCGCUGUACGCGAAUCGCCUCGAGCUGCCGGAGAUUUCACCGCCAUCAUCGCGCCACAAGCACUUUGCGGAGGACAUGGACGAUUUCGAGGAGCCGGAGCUGCGGAUUCAGGCAAUUAGGAAGGCAAAGAAGCGCGACAGAGCCGCGCCGCCAUCGCCCCGAAUCAUGUCACCGAUGGGAUUUGCAGUGCACCGACAGGCGAGAUACGAGGAGGGAAAUUCGCUGUACGAUGACGACUGGGACUCGUACGGGGACAUGCCGAACCGAUCACGUCCCGUCCCUAUUUGGCUUUGUGUCUUCCUCGUAAUCAGCUAUAUUAUCGCCGGCGCAUUUCUCUUCUCCAGCUGGGAGCCCUGGUCAUUUCUCGACUCCGCGUAUUUCUGCUUCAUAACGCUCACGACCAUCGGUUUCGGCGAUUAUGUCCCGGCGACUGGUGUGAAAGCCAAUUCGGAAGUGUCAAUAGCACUGUGCUCACUCUAUUUGCUCUUUGGCAUCGCACUCCUGGCCAUGAGCUUCAAUCUCGUGCAGGAAGAGGUAAUCGCCAAUGUAAAGAGUGUUGCUCGUCGUUUGGGAAUACUCAAGGAAGAGGAAAUCGAUGAUUAGACUCCACCGGAUAAGGCUUCGGCACUCUUGCAACAUUUUCCACGCCCAGAAUCUUAUUAAAUUUUCAUUACUUCACUGUACUAAACUGGAGUAUUUACAUUACAUUAUAUACAGCCCCAAAAAUUUGCUCCACUUCCUAUAUGAUUGUGAAUUUUAACACUACAUGUCUGUCACCUAUAAAUAGAGAAAUUUUGUGAAUAUUUCAAUAUAUCCUUGGCUAGAAUGUCACCAACUUAUUGGGAAUUAUCUCCAAAUUCUCUGGUUUUUCUUCAGUUGAAAAAAAAAUCCCAUACAGAAGUGGUUUUUGGUUCAUAUUUGAUGAAAAUCCAAAGGGAUUUUAGACAAAAUUGACGAAUUGAUUGACUAUGUGAGCAAAUCGUUUUAACACUAAAGGCAUAAAAUAGUCGUAAAAUUUUUUAAUAGCAAAUCAUUGCAAUUUUCAAUCAUGAUCGAAAUUCAUUGUAACAACUCGUAACAAUGUGAGGGAAAAAAAACCAUCUUUGGGGGCAAUAAUGUCCCAUCAUGAAUAUGAUAAACUCCCACGCAUUUUCCUCCCCCCCCCAAUUUUAAUAUUGUAUUUAAUAUAAUGUACAAGGAUGUUAGAUGAUAAUAAAGCUUGUAUUUUUUAUUACCCGCAGCAUUAAAAUAUGUCGAUGCAGAGCAAGGGAGAAGAAUA